CUUGAAGAAGCAUUUAAAGGAUCGAACGGAGUUACAGGAAUACCGGGCUUUAAGAGUGUCGAAGUUAUCAGAAUCAUAUUAGUUCUGGGUGGUAAUCGUCGUAAAAGAGAAGAUAGUAAAUCUAAUAAAGUACAAGCAGAAUACAUUGUCCACAUUCGGAAAAACGAAACGGAGACAUCCGAUACUAAAAAGCUAACAACAGCUUUGCAAAACGCCUUUUCAUCAUAUAUGGAAUCCAACAAAUCUUCAACAAUUGAAAUUGGCAAUUUAAAGGUACAAGCAUCAGCAGAUCUUCACGUAUAUGAUGUUGAAAAAAACGGAUUGUGCAUGAUACCAAAUCGAACAGACUGUGAUACAAAGAGUACAAUUUGCAAAAACACGUUUGGUGGUUUUGAAUGUGUGUGUAAUCCUGGUUACAAACCCUUCCUACGAUACAAGAAGUCUUGUGAAGAUAAAGAUGAAUGUGCUAUUAUGUCUUCAAAUGAGAAAGAAGUACGUUGCGUGCAUGGUACCUGUCUAAACACAGUAGGAGCAUGGAACUGCACGUGUCCUUCUAGCAGGCAAUGGCAGUAUGUGGGCAAUGAGACAUACAGUGCAUUUAGAUGCCAAGGUAAUUAUAGUUAUGUUGGAGAGGCAAAUAUAAAGUGGACAGAAAACUACACUAAUACUGAUGCGGCCCUCACGAAAGCGAUACCGAUGAAUGCACCGAUUUUAGGAGAAGUAACAGCACAGACGAACGUUGUGUGCAUGGUUCAUGUGACAAUACCAUCGGAUCUUGGAAUUGUAAAUGUCCUACAGGUAGAACGUCACAGAGGCUCGGUAAUAACACGUACGAAAAGUACAGAUGUCAAGAUUUCAACGUUGUUUUUAAGUCGAAGACGCAGCAUUGAGAGUUUCCAAAAGGAAAAUCCGCCAAUGCAUGAUAUAUUUCAAAGUGUAGAAAUCUUAAAUACUACUAUAGUAGAAAACAGUGACUAUGCAACAGUGAACAUCACGUAUGUCUUGCAUAUUGGAGAGUCAGUUCUAAUAGAAUGGGUACAAAAAUUCCAACAAAAUGUCUUCAACAAAUCCGCACCAACAAAAUCAGAUGGAAACGUAACAGUAACAUUCUUAAGAUCUUCUAUACACAACGAUUUGGAGUUAAAUCUUUGCACUAUUCCAAACAGAACUAACUGUGAUUUGUCAUCAACAAACUGUACAGUGCACAAUGGAAGCUACAGCUGUCCGUGUAAAUCUGGAUAUCAUACACGACUGGAUGAUUAUCAUUGCAAAGAUAUAGAUGAGUGUACCGAAAAAAAUGUUACGUGCAAUUCAGGAAAAUGCACCAAUACAGUUGGAAGCUGGAAAUGCGAUUGUGAUGAAGGGUCGGAGUUUAGACGGAUUAACGACAGUUUUGGUGAAUGUGGAGAUAUUGACGAAUGUAAGUACAAUGACAGUUACGUAUGCAACUUUGGAACAUGUCAUAAUCAUAAAGAAGGAUGGAAUUGCAUUUGCGAAAAUGGUUAUCACCCUCAAGAAAUAGUACCAAAUAAAAUUUACACAUGUGUCGAUAAAGACGAGUGUAUAGAGAAAAGCGUUACGUGCAGAUUAGGAGAUUGCAUCAAUACGGUUGGCAGCUGGGAAUGUGAUUGUGAUGAAUGGUCAGAAUUUAAGCGAAUUAACGACACUUUUGGUGAAUAUAAAGAUAUAAAUGAAUGUGAUAACAAUAGCAGUUACGUAUGCAAAUUAGGCACAUGUCAUGACAAAGCAGGAGGAUGGAACUGCAGUUGCAUAGCUGGCUUUUACCCUCAGGAAAUAGUGAAAAAUAAAAUUUACACGUGUACCGAUAAAGACGAGUGUAUAGAGAAAAGUGUUACGUGCAAAUUCGGAGACUGCAUCAAUACGGUUGGCAGCUGGGAAUGUGAUUGUGAUGAAUGGUCAGAAUUUAAGCGAAUUAACGACACUUUUGGUGAAUGUAAAGAUAUCGACGAAUGUAAAUCCGACCAUAUUUAUAUUUGUUCUAACGGCGGUUCCUGUGUUAAUACUCCUGGUAAAUGGAACUGUGAAUGCCCUGCUGGAUUUAAAGUGAAUAGCUUAAAUGAAUCCUUUAUUGAAUGCAAAGACAUAGACGAGUGUGACGAAAAGAAUGUUAAGUGCCAAUUUGGAAACUGCAAUAACACGGUUGGAAGUUGGGAAUGUUUAUGCGAUGAGUGGUCGAUGUAUCAAAGGAUUAACAACACUUUCGGUGUAUGCGAAGAUAUAGACGAAUGUGACAUUGCCAUGUCAUGUUUAGACGCUUCUGGCUGUGUAAACACACAUGGAAGCUGGAAAUGUGUAUGCAGCGAAGGUCUUAAGGAAACAGCUGUAAACAAGACUAGCAAAGUGUGUGCAGGAGAUUACCAGUACGUUGCCUCCGUUAAUUUUACAAUAACUGGGAAAGUCACAGACGUUGGUGAGCUACAAAAGGCCAUUAAGAAAAAGAUUCUCGAUAUGUACAUGAGCACUUUCACAGACGAUGAUAGCAUUUGGAUAGAAAUCAUAAAAAUUAACGGACUUCCUGGUUCUUCAAGAAAGAAAAGGUCGAUUAUACACAGAGUCACUACCGAUUAUAUUAUUCAUACCUUUGAACCAAAAUCUCAAAAGGAAUUGAAUAACGUUGAAAAAGUGUAUAGAGCUGAAAAUUGUAAUAACCGGACAGCAGUUUGUGAAGACCAUAUAGACGGAUUACUGGUAGAGUUGUCUGGUGUGCAAACAAAGAAUGCAAGUGCAAUAUGUGGCACAAUAAAGAAUUUGUGUGACAAGUCGAUAACUACUUGUUCAAGUACAAACGGACAGCUACAGUGUAAAUGUAAGCAAGGAUACAAAAAAACACCUGGUGAUGAAAAUUCGUUACUUUGUACAGAUAUAGAUGAAUGUGAGAACAAAAUUCAGCCGCCGUGUCCAAAUGGAACGACAUGUCACAAUACCAAAGGCUCAUGGGAUUGCUCGUGCCAAGAAGGACUAAAAGCGAUAGAAACUACACUUAGUAAAAAAGAAUGCCUAGAUUGGGAUACAGAAUCUCAAACAGAAUGA